UCAUUCACAGACAAGCCGUCGAGUGACAAGCAGUUUUACUAAAGUUAAAAUAAAGGAAAUCAACAAAAGAUCUCAAAAAUGGCUACCAGCACUCUCAUGAAGUUCUCUCUGGUGACCGUCAUCGUCGUCCUGAGCAGCUACAUCAGCUCCACAGAAGCCGUGACUGCAUGCCCGGUUGCAUCAGGUGCAAGCAGUACUACUAUACUAAACGCUUACAACUGUACUGUUUCAAGAUGUCAGACCGCACUCUCAAAUUGUUCAGGACCCAACUGUAGCAAGGGAAAUGCAAUAAUUGUAAUAUUACAGGUUCAGCUCUUCAUUGCCUUCAGAAAUUUCGUUGGAACCUGCACUAGCUGUUCAUUGUCACUCGUAAACAUAGUCAAUGCCAUCCUUCGACUGAUCGCCAUCGUCGUUACUCAGUUGUUAAUUAUUCUUCAACUUGCCGUUGUAACUCUUGUCAACGUUCUUACUGCUAUCGGUGUUGUUACAGUUCAACUCGUUAUAUGCACCAACUUACUGACCGUUGUUGUGGGCGCUACUGCACUGAUAGCCGUAUUAAACCUUUUGGUUAAUGCUUGUCUGAAUGCAAUGCUAUCAUGCAUAUAAUUAGUUAAUUGUAAUAACUAAUAAUAUCGGCUGGACUUCACGGAUCGAUUGACUAUGUACGCCAAGUAUCUUAGCUCACUUAGAUUGUCAAUGCAUGCGCCAAGGACUAAUUAAGAACUAUAAGUAAUGGCGUUAAUGUACUGAGCGAAGAUUUACUAAUGUUGCAUAGUCAGGUAAUUUAUAUAUAAUUAUGAUUUAGUGCCUUAAUCGUUAUGUAACGAAAUCAAGUCUUCAAUAUUCAAUAAAACUAUUUAUGCAAUUUAA